AUGAGCUAUUCCGUGAUAGUCCUGAUCGAAUGGUCAGCAAUCGUUAUCGUUACACCAGACAACACCAAAGAAAAAAUUUCCCUUGAACGCGUAGCAUCCAAGACCGAAUUAUGCGAGAUGAACAAGAUGUGCGCUCGCCGUGCCAAAGUUCUUACAAAUACUCCGUUUCGCGGGUGGCGCGAGAGGAGAAUGAUGGGCGGUAAAGUGGUGAAUGGUAGAUUAGAUUGUAUGUGA